GCUUAUUUGUUUCAGAUUUCUUCAGUUCCCCGAUAAUAAAAUCCUGUAAUUUAAUUAAUUAACUCCGGCGCAAAUAAAGAAAACUCUAGAGAAGUUUGGCAGUGUGAGUUAGGAAGAGCCCCCAAUGGAAUUGGCAUCAAGCUCUGCGGCUGUUGGCGCCUCUACUGUCUUCUCAGUGUUAUUAGCUCCGUCAUACUCCUCAAGAACACAACUUUCAUAUCUUUCCCCCUUUAGAAAUUCAUCGUCAAAGUGUCUUCGUUAUGCUUCAAAUUCCCAAGGUAAGAAUUCACUUAAACUACCUCCAAUUGUAUCUCCUCUGUAUUUGUUCAAAUUAAUCCCAGAUACUCUUCUUUUGUGAAGUUAAAUGAGUUGGAAGUAUCUAAGUUGAGUUGCCAAUUAAGGGAUGACGGUAAUUUAAGUUCUGCGUGUGAAAUUGAACCUUUUUGUUUCUUUUUCGUUCUUGUGUUAUUUUCUGCUCUGUUAAGUUGGGCACUUGUUGAUUCUGUUCAUAUUUUGAUCCUUUGCGUGCUUUUGAGGUGUCUUGUUGGCCAAUGAUUUUAUGCCAGUAUUCAUUCGACUGUCGGGUGCUCUUUGUUGUGUGACUGAAACUUGGGGUGGUCACUUUGAAAGGAGCUACUGGGUGGCAGUGUUCGCCCCCUCUUUGCCACGUAGAUGGUUUUAUAUGUGGUAACGUGCAUUGGAAAGGUUGAAGAUAUUUGUCGAAUACCAUUUUUGUCUAGGAGGAUGGAUUGUUGUCUGCAGAGGUUAUCAUUUUCCACUACUUGUUGUUGGCCUAAAAAAGUAUUUUCCUGCUGCGGCAAUUGGUGAUACAGCUUCAAUUGCAUUUGAUUCCUCAAAGGGGCAUUUUCCAACUAGUAAACCAUCUGAUGAUGCCUCUGGUUGUAAAGCCACCAAAAACACAUAUGAAGAGGAGGGCAAUCAGGAUUCUGCUGAAAUACUGGAUGACCAGAAAAUGAUCCGCGUUUGUGAUAAGCUAAUCGGGGUCUUCAUGGUUGACAAGCCCACUCCAACUGACUGGCGAAGGUUGCUAGCUUUUAGCCGAGAAUGGGACAAUAUCCGGCCUCAUUUUUAUAAACAAUGUCAGGAUAGAGCAGAUAAGGAGAUUGACCCAGGAAUGAAGCACAAGUUACUCCGAUUUUCCCGGAAGCUUAAAGAGAUUGAUGAAGAUGUUCAAAGACAUAAUGAACUACUUCAAGUGAUCCGCAAAUCACCGUCCAAUAUCAGUGAAAUUGUGUCCAAGCGCCGCAAAGAUUUUACGAAGGAAUUCUUUGUUCACCUUCACACAGUGGCAGAAUCUUAUUACGAUAAUCCCGCAGAACAAAAUGCCGUGGCUAAGCUUGGGAAUAUGUGCUUGGCGGCCGUAGAAACUUUUGAUACGGCUGCAGAAAGUAUUGAAGCUCUAAAUGCUGCAGAGCUGAAAUUCCAAGAUAUUAUCAAUUCUCCUUCUGUGGAUGCUGCUUGCAGGAAGAUUGAUAGUUUAGCAGAGAGGAACGAACUUGAUUCAGCACUGGUACUUAUGAUUACCAAAGCAUGGUCAGCUGCAAAAGAAUCUGAUAUGACAAAAGAUGAGGUGAAAGACGUACUAUAUCAUUUAUAUAUGACAGCAAGGGGCAAUCUUCAGAGACUUGUGCCAAAAGAAAUUAGGAUACUUAAAUAUCUCCUUACCAUUGAAGAUCCAGAGGAGCGCAUGAGUGCCUUGAGGGACGCCUUCACUCCUGGAGACGAAAUUGAAGGGAAAGAUGUCGACUGUCUUUACACGACACCGGAGCAUCUGCACACCUGGAUUGGGACAGUGGUUAAUGCAUAUCAUUUCAGCAGAGAAGGCACUCUCAUAAGGGAGGCUAGAGAUCUGAUGAGCCCAAAAAUAAUCCAACAACUAGAAGAGCUGAAAAAGUUGGUACAGGAUAAUUUCUUGUGAGUGUGUGUGCUCGUACGUGUAGUAGAACUCUUUGGCCUGCUUUGGCAUGGACUGAGUCAACAAGAAUUUAAAAGCUAGGAAAAGAAGAAUGCAGCAAGGUUGAAUGCUUGAUAUCAAGAAUGUAAUUAUACUUAAAAAGUUUCUAGGGAAUGAGGUAGAACAAGACCAACUAGCUUAUGGUGUAACUCUUGUAACUGUAUUUAUUACAUAAUGAAUGCCUUAUUUUCUUACUUUCCCGUGUAUUUUGCAAAUUGGAAAUGAGAGAGAUGGAACCGGAUGUCGCUAAUCCGAC